AGUUUCGUUAAGUAAAAGCUUUUUUGUGUUGUGUCCUGUUUGUGUGUGUGCGAGUGUGUCUGUCCUUCUGCUGGAAACAAGCAAGGAAGUGCCGAUAACAACAAAACAUAAACAAAGCUAAACAUUCCACCGCUUCGUUAAUUGUCAACGUGUGUUGGCGAGAACCGCGUGCUCUCCGUGUUGGUGUAACGGAAAUUCACGGUUGUUUUUUUCCUGGAGGAUGUUUAACUAAUAGUGUUUCUUUCUUUUUGUGUGUGUUUCAGAAAUCAUAACAACGUUAAUGUAAAGGAAGAAAAAUAAAAAAACAAAACAACAACCACAUACCGAUUGUGUUAAAUUAAAUUAUAAACCCUUAAUAAAGUGCCAUUGUUUUGAAAUAAUUAAAAAAAAUAAUAAAAAAAUACUCGAAAUAUUACAACGUUUUUUUGUAAUCACAUCAUUGCAAAACGUAAAACAAAAAAAUCCUUGUGGCUUAAAUUAAUUUUAUUGAAAUUUAAUUUUGAUACCAAAGAAAACAUAAAAAAAAAACAUAACACCACCACUCAUCGCAAUCGUCAACAACGCCAGCAACAACAACGAUUGUUAAAAAAAAAUUCUGCAAAAAUCUCAUUUGUUUUGCAAAGAAUGGCAUCAAAACUGUAAACAAAAAUAUUCCAAACUUAAAGAAAUAAAUUGAAAAUAGCGGAGAAUAGCAUUGCAGGCCAUUCAUUAUUAAAACAAAAAACCAACAGCAACAACAACGCUAACCACAAACAAACAAAAAAACUAAAUGUUCAAGUCCUUAGUGUGAAUGUUGGCAACAGUGGAGUGGGACGUUGGUUUAGCCUGUAAUAGGGGAUGUCGGGGUGUGAUCAAAGCACUGUCGAAUCAUUGGCUGAAGAUCCAACAGGUUCACCAUUCGAGGUCGAUGAUUGUCUCAAAGUUCGAAAAUACUACUGCUUUCUGCUCUCGAGCAUUUUCACAUUUCUUGCCGGAUUUCUCAUCGUCCUACUAUGGCGGGCAUUUGCAUUUAUAUGCUGUCGCAAGGAACCCGAGCUGGGACCGAACGAUCCCAAGCAGAAGGAGCAGAAGGCAUCCAGAAACAAACAGGAGUUCGAGGGCACGUUUAUGACAGAAGCCAAAGACUGGGCUGGAGAGCUUAUAUCGGGUCAAACCACAACCGGUCGUAUAUUGGUCGUUCUUGUAUUUAUACUUAGUAUUGCUUCGCUCAUUAUAUACUUUGUUGAUGCAUCUAACGAAGAAGUCGAAAGAUGUCAGCCAUGGAGUACUAACAUUACUCAACAAAUCGAUCUUGCAUUCAAUAUAUUUUUCAUGGUUUACUUUUUUAUACGAUUCAUAGCGGCGUCCGAUAAACUUUGGUUUAUGUUAGAAAUGUACAGUUUUGUAGAUUAUUUUACAAUACCCCCGUCCUUUGUAUCAAUAUAUUUAGAUCGAACAUGGAUCGGUCUUCGAUUUCUUCGAGCAUUGCGUCUUAUGACUGUACCGGAUAUAUUGCAAUAUUUGAAUGUUUUAAAAACAUCCAGCUCAAUCCGCUUGGCCCAGUUGGUGUCGAUUUUCAUAUCGGUAUGGUUGACAGCAGCCGGUAUUAUUCAUCUGCUGGAAAAUUCUGGCGAUCCGCUGGAUUUUAAUAAUGCACACCGUUUAUCCUAUUGGACCUGUGUCUAUUUUCUAAUUGUUACCAUGUCAACAGUAGGGUAUGGUGAUGUAUACUGUGAGACUGUCUUGGGAAGAACAUUCCUGGUGUUCUUUCUGCUCGUUGGUUUGGCAAUGUUUGCCAGCAGUAUACCGGAAAUUAUUGAACUUGUUGGUAGUGGCAAUAAAUAUGGCGGCGAACUAAAAAGAGAACACGGAAAGAGACACAUUGUGGUGUGCGGCCACAUAACAUACGAAUCGGUGUCACAUUUUCUAAAGGAUUUUCUCCACGAAGAUCGAGAAGAUGUCGAUGUGGAAGUAGUAUUUUUACAUCGAAAACCACCCGAUUUGGAACUAGAAGGUUUAUUCAAACGCCAUUUUACCACAGUGGAAUUUUUCCAAGGCACCAUUAUGAAUCCCAUCGAUCUACAAAGGGUUAAGGUCCAUGAAGCUGAUGCCUGUUUAGUGCUGGCAAAUAAAUAUUGUCAGGAUCCAGAUGCUGAAGAUGCUGCCAAUAUAAUGCGCGUCAUUUCUAUCAAAAAUUAUAGUGAUGAUAUAAGAGUUAUUAUACAAUUAAUGCAAUAUCACAAUAAGGCCUAUUUACUUAAUAUUCCCUCGUGGGAUUGGAAACAGGGUGAUGACGUCAUCUGUCUGGCGGAGCUGAAGCUGGGUUUUAUCGCACAAAGUUGUUUGGCGCCCGGAUUCUCAACCAUGAUGGCCAAUCUGUUUGCCAUGCGUUCCUUUAAAACGUCUCCAGAUACUCAGGCCUGGCAAAAUGAUUAUCUUCAAGGUACAGGGUGUGAGAUGUAUACCGAAACCCUAUCACCUUCAUUUACCGGCAUGACAUUCCCACAAGCCAGCGAAUUGUGUUUCUCGAAGCUGAAACUGCUGCUGCUGGCCAUUGAAAUCAAAGGCAAUGAGGAUGGUGCCGAUAGUAAAAUCUCCAUUAAUCCCAGAAAUGCGAAAAUCCAGGCCAAUACCCAAGGAUUUUUCAUAGCACAAAGUGCUGAUGAAGUCAAAAGAGCAUGGUUCUAUUGCAAGGCUUGCCAUGAGGAUAUCAAAGAUGAAACCUUGAUCAAAAAAUGCAAAUGUAAAAACUUGGCAGUACAGCCCAGGAACAAGUUUGAUGAUUUAGAUGUUGGCAUGAUAAUGAUGCAGACUGGAAUGGUGAAUCAAGGCAUUACCUCAGCCAUUAAUCAAAUGGAGGAUGAUCACCAUCCUGCACCCACAUUUACACCACCGGAACUACCGAAAAGGGUGCAUGUGCGUCGAUCAAUAUCGGGUGAUAUAACAAGAGAUCGUGAAGAUAUGAAUCUUUUAAAUCGUCACAAUCGACGGCCGAACGGUUCAACCAGCCUGGCACCCGGCAACGGCACAACGGGCCUGCAUCCAUCGGGGACGGUGAAACAAGUGAAUAAAGUUAAACCAACUGUAAAUAGACAACAAUUAGAGGGUCAGGUUAUGUCACCCUCACAAUAUAAUCGGCCUCCCGAAAACGAAGCUAAUCCUUAUGCGGGCUAUCAACUUGCUUACGAAGUUAAAAAGCUCAUGCCAACAAGCCGUAGCACCGGCACCGGCUCACAAAAUCCUAAUGGCAGCGUCUCAUUGCCGGCUGGCAUUGCCGAUGAUCAAUCGAAAGACUUUGAUUUCGAGAAAACCGAAAUGAAAUAUGAUUCUACGGGUAUGUUCCAUUGGAGUCCCGCCAAGAGUCUAGAAGACUGUAUACUGGAUCGUAAUCAAGCGGCCAUGACUGUCCUCAAUGGUCACGUGGUUGUCUGCCUUUUCGCCGAUCCAGACUCACCUCUAAUUGGUUUACGUAAUUUAGUCAUGCCUCUGCGUGCUUCAAAUUUUCACUAUCACGAAUUGAAGCAUGUGGUCAUUGUGGGAUCAGUUGAUUACAUAAGGCGGGAAUGGAAGAUGUUACAAAAUCUGCCGAAAAUCUCGGUGCUAAAUGGUUCUCCGUUAAGUAGAGCCGAUUUAAGGGCCGUCAAUGUUAAUUUGUGCGACAUGUGUUGCAUAUUAUCGGCUAAAGUUCCUAGCAAUGAUGAUCCUACAUUGGCCGACAAAGAGGCUAUUUUGGCAUCAUUGAAUAUUAAAGCCAUGACUUUCGACGAUACCAUUGGAGUGUUGAGUCAACGGGGUCCAGAAUUCGACAAUCUAUCGGCGGCGGCGGGCAGUCCCAUUGUACUGCAGCGUCGCGGUUCCGUCUAUGGCGCCAAUGUGCCGAUGAUAACAGAACUUGUCAACGAUAGUAAUGUGCAGUUUCUCGAUCAAGACGACGACGAUGACCCAGAUACCGAACUAUAUUUAACACAGCCAUUUGCAUGCGGCACAGCGUUUGCCGUCAGUGUCUUAGAUUCGUUGAUGUCAACGACCUAUUUCAAUCAAAAUGCCUUGACAUUAAUCCGAUCAUUAAUUACGGGAGGUGCCACACCGGAACUAGAAUUGAUAUUAGCCGAAGGUGCCGGUCUGCGUGGAGGCUAUAGUACGCCGGAAAGUUUAAGUAAUCGAGAUAGAUGCCGAGUGGGUCAAAUAUCAUUGUACGAUGGUCCAUUAGCUCAGUUUGGCGAAUGUGGCAAAUAUGGUGACCUAUUUGUGGCAGCAUUAAAAUCCUAUGGCAUGCUAUGCAUAGGUCUGUACAGAUUUCGGGAUACCAGCUCCAGCUGUGAUGCGAGUAGCAAACGUUAUGUCAUAACAAACCCACCCGAUGACUUUUCACUACUGCCAACAGAUCAGGUAUUCGUUUUAAUGCAGUUCGAUCCGGGCCUGGAAUACAAGCCACCAGCGGUACGAGCGCCUACCGGCGGCCGCAAUGCCAAUACCCAAGGCUCCGGGGUCGGUGGGGGCGGUUCCAAUAAGGAUGAUAACUCUUGAUUGUUACUGUGUAGCGCCUUAACUGAUGGUCCUUACUCGUACAUUUGAACGAUGGAGAUUUCCCGCAUGCACAAAUUGACACAAUUUUGGCGCCAAGCUUUCUACACCAUACUACAGAAAAUUAGGCUAAUACUGCGUUACAUAAAGCAGAACUAAAUUUUAUAGCAAAGUAACUAGAAACCACAACAAAAAAAAAUAGAAAAAUUAACAACAACAACUGUGGAUAGAAAUGAAAUGAAACUAAGCCAAAGCCUGGGUCAAAAAUGUGUCUGUUUGUGCAUUUUUAUAUACAUUUAAACAUGUUCGGUCCCAAACCACUAACACUUUUCACCGGGGAUCCCAACAAUAAUGGCAGAAAUGUCUGUAAGCCUGAGGUUUACAUGACAUUUCUGACCUGGCAAAAUAUCAGUCCAACAUGUUUAAAUGAAUAUAAAUCCAAAAGAAAAACAAAUCUCUUUCAAAAAACACCAACAACCAACGUUCAAUUGUUAAAAUUAUUGCUUCCCACACCAUUCCGUUAGCCCUAUUUAGAACCUUGACUAACUAACAUGACAUUUUUUCUGUAUACAACAACACACAUAUACAUGCAAACAUUGUACUUACAGUACCAGUAACAUUUUCACAAUUCUCGAAAUCCAAAAUCCCCUAACCCUACCCUACCUUCUUCCUGACCUAGACCCAUAGACAUUUUAAUUUAAUUUCCUAGAAAAAAAAAAAACGUUUUAAUGUAGUUAAGUUUUGUUGAAUUCAAAAUACUCUGAUUUUUAUUGAAAACCUUUUUUUGAUUUUUGUUGAAGGCUAAAAGCCCUAUUUAGUCAUAUAUUUAGUUAUUAAGGAUCCUGGAUCCAUUUAGUGUCAAGAAUUUUUUGUUUUUCCCUUUUCAAAUAUUUUAAUUUUUUAAAUUUAAGAAUCAAACUGUAUAGCUAUAUAAAGACAUUAUGUUUGGUAUGCUUGUUUCGAUUUUAUUUAUUUUUUGGAAUUGUUGAAAUAUUGUUUCUAUUUUAGUUUAUAAAUAAAAUUAUUAUUUAA